AUGGUUAUUCGAGAUAUUUUACAUAAAUAUGCUCAUCCACCAAAGUAUAGACAAGAUAAGAAGGAGAGUCCAGAGAAAAAAAUUCAUGGAAAAACUGGUACAAUGCUAUCCGAAGAUUACGCAGAGAUAGUAGACGAAGAAGGUGACUAUUCGACACCAGCAACGCGUGAUUAUGAAAUUGUGAGAAAUCAAGUUGAGCUGGGUGAAAUCAUAGGCGAAGGACAAUUUGGCAAUGUUCACAAAGGUUCUUAUAAAGGCAGAGACGGACAGGUUGUACCAGUAGCAGUGAAAACAUGUAAAGUAGAUGCAGAUCUAGCUACAUCUGAGAAGUUUCUUGAAGAAGCUUACAUAAUGCAGCAGUUCGAGCAUCCGCACAUAAUCCGGCUGGUGGGCGUCUGCAGCGAGGCGCCCAUCUGGCUCGUCAUGGAGCUCGCCAAGCUCGGCGAGAUGCGCGCCUAUCUCCAGUCCAACAAGUCCCGACUGGAUCUGGCCUCGCUGCUGCUCUACGCCUUUCAGCUCAGCACCGCCCUGUCCUAUCUCGAGAGCAAGAAGUUCGUGCAUCGCGACAUAGCCGCGCGCAACGUCCUCGUCUCGGCUCACAACUGCGCCAAGCUCGCCGAUUUCGGUAUGAGCCGUUGGGAUAUUGCAGCUCGAUGAAUCUGCCGCCGGGGCCGACAACAACAGCUAGCACGUGGCCGACGUGAUGCGCGACUUCGCGCUCUGGCUGCAGAAAUGAUCGAUAACGCGACAGCAGCCAGGCGGCACCGAGAGGCUCGAUUGAUUUUUUUUUUCAAAAAUUAUGGCACUUUGCUAAAGAAGAGCCUCUUUGCGCGCCGAGCUUCUGUCACGCAUGUAACCGAUUUUCACAGUUUUCUCCGUGAAAUUUGUACAUAAUUGUAAUUGUAUUAUGCGGGCGUCAGCCACGGAGCAGUCAACAUACUGGGCUUGAAGAAACAACUCGUAUUUUAACGAUCUUACGAUAGUCAUUUUUUAAGGGUGAUUGUUUUGUAAUUGCUAAAUGUUCGGUUACGCUAUAAUACAAUCUCGUUGCUGUAUAAUUUAUAUACCAAGCGUAUGAAGAAAAAACAAAACACGUACUUAUACGUAAUAUAUAGGACAGUAUUCAAAUAGUAGUAGUUAGUAAUGCGCUGCAUCGCGAUGUACGAUUAAUUCUUCCAAAUCGCA